AUGGUUGCACUAACGAGCGAGCUUAUUUUGUGUUCCAUCGUCUUUCAGGUUCGCACACCGACUGCAACAACGACGAUUGUAACAACAAUCCCCGCAGCCGCAACGACGCAGACGCGACGACCAGUGGUGAGCGUACGCCGGCGCAAAAUAAAUUUACCGAACGGUUCAUCAGGUAUAGCUUACCAGACGGCUACGACGUCGCAGCAGACAGCAGGAGCAACAAAAGCAACAGUGACAGCAACAGACACAUACGCUUCGACAUUAAAAAGUGAUGAGCAGCUGGCAGUAAUAGCAACAACUUCGGAAUUACCAACGACCUUUAAUAAACAACAACAACAACAGCAAUUGCGUUACCGCAAUAAACUCGUAACACCAGCCGCAACAGCACUAACAACAACUACAACAGCAAAUACCGAUCUAACCGCACCAAUAACGAGCACUUCAUCAUCAUCAUCAUCAUCAUCAUCACCAUCAUCGACAUCAACACAACAAUUUACAGCAGCAGCAAUUACACUCAACAACGCCGUCAACAAUCAGAAGAGUUAUUUAACAAAUACAAAGUAUAGACUGAAGCUACCAGCAGCAACAUUAUCAACGGACGGCGCUUCGCUGGCGACUGUGACCGCAAAUGACGAAGGUGCAGCAUCGACUGUGCCAACCACAUUAGCCAGCAAUCACAUCAUACAACAACAGCACCAACAACAAAUUAACACCAACACCAAACAACCGUCGACUGUUUUGCGUCGAAAAUUCCAAACACGGCGUCUCAUUACAACAACAACGUUGAGCCCAACAGACGACAGCGCCACCGAACCGCCACGCACGCCAAAUCCACUAUUUAAACGGAGAUUUUCACUCACGCCUUCUGCCACAGCCAUAACAAUCAUUUCAACGAGUACACCAGCUGAUGGACUCACGACAACAUACUUCGCUGACGGAUUUGAUGCCGACGAUGCCAGCGAUCAAGUGGCCAAAUCGAGUAUACACACAAGCCAUUUUAAUCAAUUCAUACAAAAUGACGCCGCAGAUAAUGGGGAACUAGUGGUGCAACGCGCACUAACCAGCGGCAUUAAAGGAACGUCAUUGAAAUCUAAGGCAAAUAUUGGAACAGCAACGACGCAUUCACCGUUAGAACCGAAUCCGCCAUAUGUGGAAUCCAUUACACGACGUAUGGGCACUGUGGCAGCCACCACAGAAUUUACAGCAGCAAAACGAAAGUCUAACGCUAUCAAGCGAAGGCCACAAAAGUACACGCCCACUACGCCACAAACACCGAUACAAAAUAUAACCGCACGGCGUGGACAACCCGCACGAGAGGUGGUGCUAAACCGGCGACGACCUAACAAAUAUGCCGCCGGCGACACUUAUGAUCGACUAAAUGGCAAUCAGCCAGCUCCGGUGAAGACACCCACACGUGUGAGCAACUAUCGCCCAGUCGUUGACUAUGAUUACUAUGACGAUGAGAAUGAGCGUGUAGUUGGCAACACAGAAGGACAACAGUUCAACAAUUCAUUUCAGGUGAAGGUGAUUUUACAUGGCCGUGGCAUAAUCGAAUGCCUGGAUCAGGGCAACUUUCCACAUCCACUCUCGUGCCGGAAAUUCAUAUCCUGUGCCAAAUUCGAGACGGGCGGUGUUGUAGGCUGGGAAUAUACCUGUCCGAAGGGGUUGAGCUAUGAUCCCGUUGGUGGCAUGUGUAAUUGGGCCGCUGGGCUUGGUUGUAAAGAGUAGCUGGCGACAUGCAUGCGGUAGUAGAAUGGAAACAAAAAUUACAAGCCCUUAUAAUGUAUUUAAAUUUAAAAGAAGAAGAACAAUUCAAUAACCAUGCAGACGCACAAAUUUAUUUGCGAACAUUCCAUUCUACAUGUAGAAAUAAUGAAUAUGCAAUAAAUAAUACUCAUUAAUGUAUGUAGUUUACCGUGAGAUCGAUACCAUGUCUCUGCCGUGAAUCAUCCUCAUUGCGUUCAUUAAACCCAACUAAUUUCCUUAUGAUCCUUGCAGUUAUUUUAUU